AUGAUGGCUACCUCUGGGCGUGACUAUGUUCGCGAGAAAAUGCCCAUUUUGGGCUUUGGAACGUAUCAGAUUCGCAGUGAAUCCACCUUACAUAAGGUUGUGGAUGCUGCACUCUCAUGUGGUUACCGUUUUUUCGACACUGCUCAAGUAUACGGUAAUGAAGCUGCACUGGGAAGGAUUUUCAAAGAACUCCUGCCGAAAUAUGGUUUAGAGAGAAAAGACAUUUUCAUCACCUCGAAGGUUUCUCCAGCUAAUCAAGGUACAGACCCGGCUAGGAAAUCGGUGAAAAAGUAAGU